CCACAAGGCUGUCUCCUCGGGUGUGAGGAACGAGCUCUCCUUUCACAGUCUCCUUGUGAAUUCCCAAGAUGCAGGCAGAGUCCCUUCUCCACAGUGGCUACUUCCACCCCGUGCUACGCUCCUGGCAGUGUUCAGCAACCACCUUCGAUGCUUCCAACCUCAUCUACCCCAUUUUUGUCACUGACAGCCCUGAUGCAGUGGAGCCAAUCGCCAGCCUCCCCGGACAAGCCAGGUAUGGAGUCAACAAGCUGGAGGGGCUGCUGCGCCCCCUUGUCGAGGACGGCCUGAAGUGUGUGCUCAUCUUUGGGGUGCCCAGCAAGGUCCCCAAGGAUGAGAGAGGCUCUGCCGCGGAUGCGGAGGACACACCUGCCAUUCAGGCAAUCAAAAAAAUCCGCUCCAUCUUCCCAGAGUUGCUCAUCGCCUGUGAUGUCUGCCUGUGCCCUUACACAUCCCAUGGGCACUGUGGCAUCCUGCGUGAAGAUGGCACCAUCCAGAAUGAACUCAGUUGCCAGCGGCUAGCAGAAGUGUCACUGGCUUAUGCCAAGGCAGGCUGCCACAUCGUUGCCCCCUCAGACAUGAUGGAUGGGCGCAUCGCGGCUAUGAAGAAGGCGCUGAUCUCCAGUGACAUGGGCAACAAGGUCUCAGUGAUGAGCUACAGUGCCAAGUUUGCAUCCUGUUUUUACGGUCCCUUCAGAGAUGCUGCGCUAUCCAAACCUGCGUUUGGAGACAGGCGAUGUUACCAGCUGCCUCCGGGUGCCAGGGGCCUGGCCGUGCGAGCCGUGGACCGGGAUGUGCGUGAGGGAGCAGAUAUGCUGAUGGUGAAACCUGGGAUGCCUUACCUGGACCUCGUGAGGGAUGUCAAGGCCCGACAUCCCACCCAUCCGCUGGCAGUGUACCACGUGUCCGGGGAGUUCGCGAUGCUGUGGCACGGGGCACAGGCUGGGGCCUUCAACCUGAAGGCUGCAGUCAUGGAGGCAAUGACUGCGUUCAGGCGCGCAGGUGAGCACGGCAGCGCUGGGUGGUCGCUUCCCCUGAAGGCCACCUGCGAGGCCCCCUCAGGCCAAAAGCCCCCCUGGCGAUGCUUGGCCGGAGCCGAAGGCGGAACAGAGCCGGGCGCUGCAGUCCCUGAGGCGACAGGCUUCAGCCACACGCGUACGGCUACCCUGUGCUCGCGCGCAAGUCUGCACGGUCACCGGGGACCGUGCCGCGCGGUGCAGGCAGGGACGCCCCCCCAUAACGGGGGGCCUGAGCCCCUCUGCGAGGCCAGCGAUGUGCUGUCCGCCAAGACGUGGUUCACCCCCACACCUCCUGGUGCCCACCAGUCGUCCCCCGGACGUGAGCCACGCUCGACGUAG